GACCAGGAUUCUGACCUGGGUCUGACCAGGGUAUGACCAGGAUUCUGACCUGGGUCUGACCAGGGUAUGACCAGGAUUCUGACCUGGGUCUGACCAGGGUCUGCUGGUUGUUUCUCGCCCAAUACAGAUAACCAAAGGAGACAGUGCCUUCGAGGUUGUGGCCCCUACAUUUUGAAACUGAGAGCCAUGAACUCUGUGGACACUUUUUAAAAAGCAGCUAACGACUCAUCUGUUCAGACGUGCCUUUGUUUGAUCCGUCUAUAUCUGAUUUUAUGUGACUGUCUGUUUGUAAUGUCUCUGCUCAGUCCUUCAGUGUGAAACACUUUGUGACGUCUGUUCUUGUUGUGCUUUGCCUCUGGUCACUUCCUGUCAGCACCUGUGUGUCCAAUCGGACUCAAAGCUGAUCGUUUGCUCUUACUGACAUUGUUCUCUUUUUUCUAGAUCCUUGCUUGUGUUGUUCUUACUCUCUGAUGUACGUCGCUUUGGAUAAAAGCAUAUGCUAAGUGAAUUGUAGAAUUCUGCACCGACCCCUUAAACAACAUUUUGGAGCAUACCCACUUCUUUAGGCACCACUACACACCACUGAAGGUAGCCAUGUAAUUUGCUAAUCUUCAAAGUAAGAUGGUGAUUUGUAGUGAGUGAGCUCUGCAUGUCACAGACUUUCAGGAGGCAACAGAGACGUAGGGUUCAGCCUUAAGUUAAAUCAUCACAGAAAUAUACAAGAUCCUAUAAGCUGUGUCUUCAUUCAACUAUGUCACUCUACAUAUCUUCUUGCAAAACUUGUAAGUUUUUGUGACUCAUGAACACAGUUAAAUUUGAUUGAUGAGGAACAUAUGCUUUAAAGGAAAAAAAAAAGCUGUGUGUGUUGCAGCAUGCCGGAGUUCCCCAAGAGGACAGAAAGCAGUUCACACCUCCCUCGUCUUGACUUGUGAAACACUCCCCCUUAAAGACAUUGAAAUACGCCCAUUUAGACACGGCUAAAGGGAACUUAAUAGCUGCAAGAGGCUCUCACAGUGUUCACAUCCUGAGAGAUAUUAAAGGAAGCAGUCGGAUGGUUGUGAUGGCUUCGACUAAACAACAGGUCCCUGUAACAGGAACCUCUGGUGUUGAUCCUCCAGCAGGUAACGCCUCAGUCUUCCUAGACUCUGAGUUUCGUUAUGUCCUCUUACCGUUCGUCUAUGGCAUCGUCUUCAUCCUGGGUCUCUUCGCUAACAUCUAUGUGCUCUUCGUCCUGCGCUGCCUACGAGGCGCCAAGGCCAUGGGCGAAAUCCGGAUCUACAUGACAAAUCUGACGAUAGCUGAUCUCCUCUUUGUGUGCGCCCUCCCCCCCUGGAUUGGAUAUUACAGCCGCCGAGGCGACUGGAUCUACCCGGACUUCAUGUGUCGGCUGACCGGCUCGCUGUUCUUCAUCAACACCUACUGCUCCAUCCUCUUUCUCGGCGCCAUCAGCGUGAACAGAUACUGGGCGGUGACCCGGCCUCUGGACGCGGCCUCUUCAGACCACAGGCGGCGAGGGUUCGUUGUGUGUGCUUGCAUUUGGCUGGUGACCAUAUCCAUGGCUAUUCCAUAUCUAGCCUCUCCGGGGACCAACGCUGACCAGGAAUUCACUCGCUGUUUUGAGGGUUACCAGAAUCAAACGGAUUCGGACAAGAAAACAGUGGCCGCCAUUCAUUUUGCAAUAAUUGGCUUGUUUUUCAUCGUCUUCUUUCUCGUUGUGGUGUGUAAUCUCCUCAUUGCUCGAGUGUUACUUUCUCCACAGUCGCAAAUCAGGUCAGCAACCAUGGUAUCUCGAAAGUCCAAUGGUGUGUCCUCUUCAUUUAGAAGGCCCAGGGGAGUGAAACGGAGGGCUCUGCAGAUGUUGCUGGCUGUGGUUGGAGUGUUUGUUGUGUGUUUCCUGCCCCACCAUGUAGUCCAAGGCCCCUGGACCCUGGCAGUGCUGCAGAUCCAACGGGGCUGGGGUCAUGUAGAGUGGGACCAAAAGACCCGACAAGCCCUGAACGACGCGCAUCAAAUCACACUGUUUUUCAUGGGCCUCAACUCUAUUUUGGAUCCCGUAGUUUACUGUUUUGCCACGAGGAAGUUUCGCAGGUUCAUCAUGGCACACAUGAAGAAGAUAGGAAAAGGAGACGGGUGUUCACACACGGACACCUCACAGCUCUCUAUGGACAGCAGACAUCAGAGCCAGAGACAUUCAAACGAGCUACAAGAGCCUGAAACGAACUGAUUUAAACAUUUUAUAAACUGUAUUUAUAUCUGUUGCUUAUGUGCCAAAUACUGUACAUCUUAUUUAUUUUUGAGAUGACAUUACUUAAACUGGUUUGCUUUAAGUUGCUCCACACCCUCUCUCUCUCUCUUUUUUUUCAACAUAGUGUAAUACUCUGAGACACGCACAUUGUUUUGACAUGUGCAUUUACUGCAGAAUUGCACCACUCCUUUUGCUCUUCCUAUGUUAAAUUUAAUCUUAAAAAAGCAGAAGUUUUGCAAGCAGAAGAGCAUUUUAAGAAUGUAAUGAGAGUUGUACAUUAGGGAACUCUUUCAGUCUGUGUAAUAAACUCCUGAGACGUAUUGUUUAAAAUCCUCCCACGGGUGAAAGAAGGCCGCUGAAAGCAGAUCAAAGAAGAUCACAUUUACACAUUCUGACAUUUGAUCAGUAAAAUAUGUGAUAAUGAGACAGCCUUUUGCAUAGACAAGUGAUAUCCAAAAUUGUGAAACCCUGGAACAGCUGUAAUAAAGUUUGAGCUACGUUUCACCUCUGGCAUCCAAUGUUAUGGCAGAAAAUCCAAUGAUUCACCGCAACAAAGAAAACCACACCCUUUUAUUGAUCUGAUUUCUGCAGUUUAUACACUGCACUGUUUUUUUCUUUCCCAUACAGAAAAAUGUAUGUUACAUUUAAUUCAGGGAAACAGUUUUUGUAUGUUUUUUUUCCCUGUGUUUUUCCAAUCGAUGUGUGAAAGGUUGUUUUGAUGUGGCAAAAAUCAGCUGGUUUUACGCUUGUAUAUCUAGAAUUAACAAUUUUUUGCAUUUUAUUGCUAAACUGUGAUGACUCGAGUGGCUCAGUAGCUCAGUCCGUCGGGACAUGGGUUGCAAACCGGAGGGUCACCAAGUCUGGAAAUUGGUCUGAUAGCUGGAGAGUUGCCAGUUCAUUUCCUGAGCUCUGCCGAGGCGCCCUUAAGCAAGGCACCGAACCCCCAACUGCUCAGGAGUUCUUUCAUGUGCACCCCCCUUCACUCUGACAUCUCUCUAUGAGCGCAUGUGGAUAGGAUCCUUUGUGCAUGCGUGUGUAUUUCAGCCUGAGUGUCUGUAGCAUGUAGCAUGUAGCAUGUAGCGUGUCU